AUGUUAACCUCCUCGUUCCUUGCUCUUGCUCUUGCUGCUCCAGCACUCGCUGCUAUUGGGCCCGUCACGGACCUCACUCUGGUCAAUGCGCAAGUCGCUCCUGAUGGCUUUACUCGCUCGGCUGUCACCGCUGGCGGCACGAUCCCCGGUGCUAUUAUUAAGGCCAACGUCGGCGACACGUUCCAAAUCAAUGUAAUCGACUCCCUCACGGAUAAGACGAUGCUCCUCAGCAGUUCUAUUCAUUGGCAUGGCUUCUUCCAACGAAACACCUCGUGGGCUGACGGUGCUGCAUUCGUGACACAAUGCCCGAUUGCCCAAAACGACUCUUUCUUGUACGAGUUUUCGAGCGCGGGUCAAGCCGGUACAUAUUGGUAUCAUUCGCACCUCUCUACACAGUACUGUGAUGGCCUUCGUGGGGUUAUGGUCGUCUAUGAUCCCAACGACCCUCACGCAAGUCUUUACGAUGUCGACGAUGACAGUACUGUUAUUACUCUCGCCGAUUGGUACCACGCUCCCGCUCACACACUCGCCCUUCCCCCCACUCUUGAUUCUACGCUCAUUAACGGCCUCGGUCGGUUUGCUGGCGGGCCAACGUCGCAACUUGCUGUCAUUUCUGUUACUCAAAACACACGUUAUCGCUUCCGUCUGGUCUCCCUCUCUUGUGAUCCAAACUUUAUCUUUAGCAUCGAUGGUCAUACCAUGACCAUAAUUGAAGCUGACGGAGUCAACACUCAGCCGUUAACUGUCGAUUCAAUUCAAAUCUACGCGGGCCAACGAUACUCUUUUGUUCUUACCGCCAACCAACCAGUAAAUAACUACUGGAUUCGCACUGUGGCCAACGCUGGAACAUCUGGCUUCGAAAAUGGCAUCAACUCGGCCAUCCUGCGCUACUCUGGCGCGGCAGCUGUCGAUCCAACGACUCCUGAAGUCAGCUCAAGCACUCCGCUCGUCGAAACCGACCUCCACCCCCUCGCAUCGACCCCCGUUCCAGGGCCUGCUGUCGUCGGCGGCGCUGAUGUAAACCUCAAUCUUGCUAUUGGCUUCACCGGCGCGGCCUUCACAGUCAACGGCGCCGAGUUCGUCGCCCCGACAGCGCCUGUUUUACUGCAAAUAAUGAGCGGUGCCCAUACUGCCGCUGAACUGCUUCCAUCGGGUAGCAUUUUCAAUCUCCCGCCCAACUCUGUCGUCGAGCUCUCCAUGCCGGGAGGCACCGUCGGGUCGCCCCAUCCUUUCCACUUGCACGGUCACACUUUCUGGGUCGUGCGCAGCGCUGGUAACUCGACUUAUAACUACGUCAACCCCGUCGUGCGAGAUGUAGUUACCAUCGGCGGCUCCACCAGCGACAACGUCACCAUCCGCUUCCAGACAGACAACGCUGGUCCGUGGUUCCUCCAUUGCCACAUCGAUUUCCAUCUCGAAGUUGGCCUUGCGAUCGUCUUCGCGGAGGACACUGACACGGUCGCCAACUCAGUCCAGCCUAAUGCUUGGGGCACACUAUGCCCGACGUACGACGCGUUGACCGCUGAUCAGCUUGGUGGCCAGUAG